AUGAAUGUUUACGGUUUGCUUCCCUGUAGAAUUUCCUAUGAUCCCACAAGAUACCCCAAAUACAUUCCUGAAGCAUACUGCCUGUGCAAGGGCUGCCUGAUGGGGAUCUUUGGCGAGGAGAAUUUCCACUUCCGCAGCACCCCCGUGUACAUGCCCACGGUGAUCCUGCGCCGCACCUCCUCCUGUGCUGGGGGCCGCUACGUCUACACCGAGGACUACAUCACCAUCCCUGUGGGCUGUACGUGUGUGCCUGAGCCAGAAAAAGAGGCUGAAAGCGUCAACUCCAGCAUAGAUAAGCAAGAAGUGAAGUUGCUGGUAAGCCAGAACAAGCCGUCCUCAGAAUGA